AUGGCCGUGACACCCAGUUCUAACAGGAACGCAUACCUCAAACUCAACCCCAAUCCAGAUUCCAGCAUGUGUUAUGACCAGUACAUUCAGAACAUUGCUCGGCCCAACUAUAACAAGCUUACUCAGGAUCAUGGUGGAAAGGGCAGCCAGGGCUGGCAGGGUAAGGUGCAAGAAUUGAUCCAACUUCAGGACACAAAGAAGCGGGAUAGCAUUUCAAUGAUCCAAGAUGAUGCCAAGGACCAGGGGGGGGUGAUAAAGCAGAUUGUCAAGAGCUGGAAGCAGGAUUCUGUUGCAGCACAUUUCACUGGCAUUCACAUGGCCAUGAUGAUUCUUCCAUCCCAUAAGGCUGCUUCCGACAUGGGCACCUUCGAGUCCAAUUCACCACAUCUGCACCAAUUUAUCACUACACAUGUUUUUUUGGGGGAAUACUUGCAGAAAAAGAUGGACACCUGGGAGAUGCUGUGGACUUCCUGCACUGGAGCCAAUAAUCAACCUAAGCUUUCCAUACAGUCAAGGCCUUCUGGAAGCGACAUUAUUGUUGUUGCUGUUAAUGAGGAGGCCAUAUUGUCAUCCAGUAAUGCAGGUGUGUUUUUGCAAAAGCCGAAGCACACUCAAAAAGCUGUAACUCUUGUAGAGGAUUGUGAGGAUGGAAAGAAGGUGGCCAAGCAUCAUAGGGUGGGGUCCGAAUGUGACCGCUUUGCUGGGUCUGCAAACAGUGAAUCUUUUGCUCCCCAGGAAGAUUGCCAAGUCUCUUCUACCAGUGUCUUGACUCUAGUGGCAGAAGAACCAUUGCCUAGCAAUGCUGGACUUGUGGGGUUCCCUCCCAUGUCCAUCCACAAUCCCGAUAUCUUUGCAUCUCUCCCUGACCCCUCAAACAGCCAGCCUACCAGUACUUUUCAUGGCAUGCCAUAUGGACUGGUUUCAACCCCAGCAAUUUAG